CGCUCCCAUGUUAGAAAGCUGACAAGGGGGCGACGCUUUUUUUUAGCAUUUUAAGUGGUUAGAGGGAAGGUGAAGACGAGACCCAAAGCAGAUGGCCUUGACUUUGGCAGACAGAGCGAUUGGGGCCAUUAUCGGAGCCGCAGCAGCAGAUGCAGCAACUCAGCCCAUGCACUGGAUCUACAAUCCAGACACGCUCAAAGAAGUUCUCUCUGAUCUGGAGCCCUGUCCCGAGUUUCGCCCGGAGUCAGCAAAUCCUUUCUACCGCAGAGCGACGGGCGAGCAGACGUGCUACGGAGACCAGGCCUACGUCCUGCUGGAGUCACUGAGCCGGUGUGGAGAUGUUAACGUGGAAGACUUGACCAAGCGCAUCUACAAGUUCUUCGGUCCAGGAACAGUGUAUGAGCUUCCCCUCAAUGAUCCAUACAGGGAGAAAGGAGGUCCUAAAGCCAUCCUCCCCAUAGAUGGUCCAUGGAGAAACAGCAGCCUGAAGGCUUUUAUCAGAAAUGUGGAUGCUGGCAAAGAAGAAACUGGCUGUGAUACGGACUGUCAGAUGGACGGCGUCACUAAGCUGGCGCCGGUGGUGGCCAUGUACGCCGGGCGUCCUGAGAUGCUGGAGAAGGUGGAGAAAGCCGUGCGCGUGACCCAGAACGAUGACAUGUGCGUGGCUGUAACAUUGGCUGCAGCAAGGUUUUUGGAGCAUUACAUCCUCAACGGGUCCGAUUCCAAUGCUCUGGAUGCAGUUCUGGCUCAGUUGAAUGACCCGAAGAGACAGAACCCUCAGGAGCUGGACCGUGCCGUCAUUGUGCAUAUCCACCAGGUGAAGGACAACCUCGCCAAGACAUCCCAGCAGCUCGUACCUGCUGUGUUCACAAACACAUGAGCUUUGCCCGGUGCGUUCCAGGGAGCGCUCCAUGGAGUCCUGAAGCUGAAGCAGCUGGAUGAAGCAGUGAGGGACACCAUGCGCUGCGGGGGAUGCACCGCCAGCAGAGCCUCCUUCAUAGGAGCCUGUUUUGGGGCCCAGAAUGGUCUCCAGGGAGUCCCGGAGUCUUGGAGGAAGAGGACGCUGAGAUAUCCUCUGCUGCUGCAGCUUUCUAAAAAGUUGGUCCAAAAAAAGCUGCAAUUGUAAUUCAGCUUUCAUUUUGCCCCAAAUGCAGUUGUUUUAUCUCAUAUCAAGUAUUUAUGUGUGAGUGUGGAAAAUAAAAUCUGCAAGACUUUCUCAAGUUUCAGAUGUACUUUGACAAAUUGCGAUCCAUGACGGUCUCAUUCUAAAGUCUUGUGCUGAGUGAAACUCGAAUCCAUUCGCCGUGUCAAAGCUGCAUCAUGUAAAUAAGUGAAAGGUUUUUGUGUUUUGUUGAGUUCAUGGACUUUAUUGAUGCUCAUUGUAAGUAAUGUCUAAAAUAAAGGUUGUUGCCAACAUGCA